UCUCGCCAAUAUGGUGUCCCCCAUUUAGGAGGCGGCCGUGGUUUCUACCCAGAUGGUCGGGGGCAGUGCUGAGCUCCGGCUGUUGUUUGUGUAGCCCGAAGCUCUGAAAACUGCAGAUAAAGUGCGUUUCUGGUUACGGUUUCAGGAACUCCCCCUUCUCUGAGGGUCGGGAGUUGCCGCUUCCUUCUAGGUCCUGCAAGUUCCUCCUCUGCCCCUGUUUUUUUCCCCGCGCCACCUCCGGACAUCCCCAAGUCCCUGACACUCCCAGACUCAAACUAUGAGCCUUCGGCAGCUACUGUUGCGCUUGCCCCGUUAUCUCGGGGUGUCGGGUUCCCCGCGUCGCUUGUGGUGGUCCCCGUCCCUCGAUGCCAUCUCCUCGGUGGGCUCCUGGCGUGGUCAGUCCUCCAGGUCCCCGGCCCACUGGAACCAAGUCGUGUCAGAUGCGGAGAAGAUCGUGGGCUAUCCCACGUCCUUCAUGAGCCUCCGCUGCCUGCUGAGCGACGAGCUCAGCAACAUCGCUAUGCAGGUGCGGAAGCUGGUGGGGACUCAGCACCCUCUGCUUACCACGGCCAGGGGGCUUGUACAUGAUAGCUGGCAUAACCUGCAGUUGAGGGGCUUGGUGGUGCUACUUAUUUCUAAAGCAGCUGGGCCCAGCAGCAUGAAUACUUCAUGUCAGAACUAUGACAUGGUCGGUGGGAUCUAUUCAUGGAACUCUGUUGAUUUUCAGUCUGCCGACUUUGACCCUAUUUGA